UUGAGAAAGUGAGCAGUAUAUAGGCUACUUAAGGCGCUCUCUGUUACAGCAAUAGAAUAAAGAUGAAUCCUGGGGGUCGCAGACUGAAGCAGUGGCUCAUAGAGCAGAUAAACAGUAAUAACUAUAAUGGACUAUUAUGGGAGGAUGAGAAGCGAACCAUGUUCCGAAUCCCCUGGAAACAUGCAGGAAAACAGGACUACAACCAGGAGGUGGAUGCAUCCAUAUUCAAAGCGUGGGCGAUAUUUAAAGGGAAGUUUAAGGAGGGAGAUAAAGCUGAACCAGCGACUUGGAAGACCAGACUGCGCUGUGCGCUCAACAAGAGCCCUGACUUUGAGGAAGUUACUGACCGAUCCCAGCUUGACAUUUCGGAGCCUUACAAAGUGUACCGGAUAGUUCCGGAGGAGGAACAGAAGUUGGGUAAAAACUCCAUCCCCGUAAUGUCCUGCAGUACUGACAUGAGUGACAUGGACUGCUCACCAGAUCUGGAUGUACAGAUCAAAGAGCCCUCUAAUGAUGAAUUCAAGUGCAGUCAUUCUCCUUUGGAUGAGGGCAGUAACGUGCCACCAGGCCAGGAAUGGUGGCAGCAUGGACCCCACAAUGCUGCUGUUGUUCAUCAGGAUCAAUCUCCUGCAGCCUUCUCUCAGAUGAUGAUCUGCUUCUAUUAUGGAGGCCGUCUGGUGGGCAGCACGGUCACCACUCACCCGGAGGGCUGCCGUAUCUCGCCCUGCCAGACCCCUGUGACUAAUGGCCUGUUAUACGCGUCGGACAGCCUCCAGAACAUCCGCUUCCCUUCGGUGGAAUUAAUUGAACACGAGAGGCAGCGUAACGUCACCCGAAAGCUCUUCAGUCACCUGGAGCGGGGUGUUCUGCUGCGUGCCAACAGAGAUGGCAUCUUCAUCAAGCGUUUGUGCCAGAGCAGAGUGUUCUGGUGUGGCCAGGACUCACAGUACAUCCCAAACCCCUACAAACUGGAGCGAGACGCGGUGGUGAAGAUCUUUGACCCUGCCAGAUUUUUAGAAGCUCUGCAGGUAUAUCAGGAGGGUCAUUAUCAGGCCCCGGACCCCACCAUCACACUCUGUUUUGGGGAAGAGUUAAAUGAUUUCAGCACUGUCAAAAGCAAAUUAAUCAUUGUACAGAUCACAGCGUUGAACUAUCAGCAGCUGGUGGAUGCAGUGACCACUCGCAGAUCGCAGUACAGUGGAGGGAAUGUGGAGAUCUCUGAUGAGAUAGCCAGUGAUCAAAUGGCUCGAAUAUACCAGGAUCUGUGCAGCUACACACUUCCCCAGCGAGCUUCCUGUUUCAGAGACAACCUGACCAUUCCAGUGUGAAGCAGAACUCUAAACCAUCCAUAAUGACCCCAAAUAAUGCUUUUACAUUGUCAUAACUUAAAGAAAUGUGUAUUACACAUAAGAUUUCAUGAUUAGGUAUGCUAGCUGUGUGUAGCAUUCCAUUUUCUCAGGGCUCAAAAUAUCAUCUGACAAAGUGUAAAAUGUUCUCAGGGAUAACAUUCUGUUUAUUAGAUGAAAAUGUAUUUCUUUGUUUUUGUGUUUAUAUUUUAUUUAUUUUUUCAGAAAGUUAUUUUCAAAAAAUAAUUGUGUAUGUUUUUUGUCCUAAUCAUUGGAUCCUCCUGUUAUUUUGUAUUAUUAUUAUUCACUGUAAAGUUGAUAGGUUUAACUAUCCUUCAUUUUUGUAUUCAUUUUUUUUAAAGCAGAUUUUCCUUUUUACUCUAAAAUGUAAUUAUGUGUCAAAUAAAAGAUUAGCA